AUGGCGUUCGAGUCGGGGACAGCGUAUCCAGAAUCCGAUGCUGACGACGAGUACGAGAGAAGCGUAGCCGACAGUUCGCCCGUGCUAGCCAGCGAUUCCGAAGCGACAGAGUCGGAAGGCCUCAGUUCCAACGAGCACACACCCACUACCUACGGCGGUCAGAGCUCUGGAGACCGGCUACCAGAAACAAUCAUAACAGAAUGGACAGCGGAAGAGUGCGCUGAUUUUGUGAGCACAUUGGGGUUGCGACAAUAUGGGGACCAAUUCCUAGCAGAGAAUUAUAUCGUCGGCGAAGCACUGGUAGCAUUGCAACAUGACGAUCUGAAGCAGAUGGGGGUGACGAGUGUUGGCCAUCGACUCACAAUUCUGAAGAGCGUAUACGAUAUCAAGAUCAAGCAGGACAUACCGAUCGAGAGUGACCACUAUGUUCCGUUAUCGGCAGAUGCAGAAGCACAGUAUGCAACAGCGACGCUGAAGGAUAUCAAGCAGCUGGUGGAACAACUGAGGUUACGGGACGAGCGAUUGAGCAUGGCAGAGAUGGAACUGCGCAGAAUAACUGCUGAAUAUUCUCGUCUGAGGGAAGACUUACUUCCAGUGUUUCGGAUGGCAAAAGAAGGACAACCACUGCCAGCUCUUGAUUCGACCCAGACUUCUUUUUACGAUGCCUCGAAUACCAUCUCACCCCCCGCACCAACCCCUUCGUCAACACAGUCUGGCGGCGGACUAUCGAGGAAAUUCUCCACCAAAAAGCUCUUCUUCGACUCAUCGGGGAAAACCUCGUCCCCUACAUAUAUACAAUCUGAAAGAGCGUUGAUGGAACAGGCUCUUGACCCGGCGAAUGCCGCAGAAAGGGCUGUUCUUUCAUCAUCGCACCUUGCGGCGAUGAAUGGAGGCUCUCAGCCGUCGACAUCUCCAAGCCAUCCGUCACCAAAUCAACCCUCACCAACAUCUCCGCCAACCCUCAGCGGCUCUACCCUGGCUUCACGUUCCUAUCGCGAAGGGCAGCCAACACCAGGGCGCAGUAGCUUCCCACAGAACGAUAACGACCAAUACCAAGCAUCAACAUAUUCCCGCGACAGCACAAAACCAGCUCCAUCACGGCGAGGAGCACAAACCCCCGCACUCGACACCCCCUCCUCCGGUGGCUCCGUUGAGAUAUUCAAAUCCUUCAGAGUCAGCAUGGAGGAUCCUUGUUAUAAAGUUCUCCCUGCAGCGCUCAAAAAAUAUAAUAUCAAUGCGCCCUGGGAACAAUAUGCAUUGUAUAUUGUGUAUGGCGAUAAGGAACGCUGUUUGGGAAUGGAUGAGAAACCACUGAUACUCUUUAAGCAAUUGGAUAAAGAGGGCAAAAAACCUAUGUUCAUGUUACGGAAGAUAAAUUCCGCCGACACACAACCAGGGGAGGGUCCUGGCAGCGCAGGGCUAGAUAGGAGUAAUGGGCGAGGAACCCAGGCGACAUAUGAUCCUCCUGGAGGCAUUAUAUGA